AGCGCCAUCAUGUGUCUAGUUUUUGUAAACAGCCACGUCACUCGAGUUGAGUUGUUUGUCGUGUAUUUUCUCACGAAAUUACUUAAAAUAUGAACAUUUUUCGUUUAACUGGAGAUUUGGCCCAUCUCCUAGCCAUAAUAAUUCUUUUGUUAAAAAUCUGGAAGACAAGGUCGUGUGCAGGUAUUUCCGGCAAGAGCCAAAUCCUUUUCGCUAUAGUAUAUACCACUAGAUACUUGGAUUUGGUAACAACUUAUGUCUCAGCUUACAACACUCUAAUGAAGAUUUUCUUCCUUGGUUCAUCGUUUGCAACUGUUUACUUGAUUUAUGUCAAGUUUAAGGCCACUUAUGAUCACAACCAUGACACUUUUCGAAUCGAGUUUCUCAUUUUGCCAGCUGUCAUUUUGGCUCUUUUGAUAAAUCACGCAUUUACGCCUCUUGAAAUUCUCUGGACUUUUAGUAUUUAUUUAGAAUCGGUGGCUAUUUUGCCCCAACUGUUUAUGGUCAGUAAGACUGGUGAAGCUGAAAGUAUUACUUCUCACUACUUGUUUGCAUUGGGCUCCUAUAGGGGGCUGUACAUUCUGAAUUGGAUCUAUCGUUAUGCAAUGGAGAGCCAUUACGAUUUAAUUGCUAUAGUUGCAGGAAUUGUGCAGACGGUUCUUUAUUGUGACUUUUUCUAUCUCUAUAUUACUAAAGUUCUCAAAGGCAAAAAGUUACAAUUGCCAGCUUAAAGGUUUUUUUUUGUACAAACGAGAUGUUGUAUUAUUUUUCCCUGAAAUAAAUAUUGUUUUAAGUGAGUUUUUCAUGUUGGUUUUACUUUUUCUGCAUGAUGAUGGAAUUAAACCAGAAAUUUUGUCAUUCUGUGAUUUGUUUAUAAAUUGCUUGAAUGGAAUUGUAUUUGUAUGAAAAAAGCCAUGUUGUAACCUCUUUUUAUCAGAACCUUGUAAAUAGUUAGUAGACAACCAAAUUUUACAAUAGUUAUUCCCAUUGUAAUUGAUUUUUGCUGCCGACUUUAAAUGUAAUUUUAUGUAAUAAAUUUUAUUCGAUUUU